GGCUUGCUGAACUUUGUCUACCAGGACUUUUCGGAUCCGCUGAGUAUCGUUUCCCGCGAGCGAUGGUUUCAAUGCCUGGUGCGGCUGAUGCAGUUCGAGGAUGCCAUCGAUGCCGGCAACUACAUGUGGUACCUCGGAGCUCGACCAGACCUCCGCUAUUACGGGGAAGCCUAUGCCAGCGGACGUGGUCGGACCCCAGGAGGGGUCGAGCACAUCAGCCCACAUUGGGCCGCCGCUGAAUGCGCCGGCUUUCAGAACCUGCCUACCGCCAUGUACUUUAAUUCGUUCGCCCUUGUGCAAUUUGCCCACCUACACCCGCCCGCGCUUGUGCAGGUACUUCGUGAACUUCGUCUUCGUCGGACAUUGCUGCCUGAGAAAGUAACAGGCACACUGACUUCACGCCUACUCGGUCCCCCUGCAUCAGGUGGACCCGUUAGUGGCCUUCGGCUUGGCAGCCACUGCCUCAGAGUCAUCUUCAACAGGUGCGCAAGUUUCGAUACCUGGCAGGCAGCAGCUCAUCAAGAGAGUGAAGACAACUCACUCGGUUGA